AUGGUGUCAAUUGGUUGCCUACUUCUAGGUCAUGCUUUUCAUUCUCCUAUCAAAUUGAUGGAAACAGUUUAUAAUACAGAAAAAAACCACAAAGGAGCCCCUGUUCCACUCUGUUUUUUCCAAAACCGAUACUCUUCUAGUCUUCUUUUUAGAAGAAUCUUCUUCACUCCCUCUUUCACCUUUUCAAUCACUGUAAUUGUAAUACCAAUCCACCAUACAAACCCAAAUCUCUCUCUCUAUCCGUGCUGUACUCACAAGCGAACCCACUUGGCAUCAUCCAUGGCGGCAUCGACUUCGCUGUGGACCAUCUGUGUUACUCUAGCUCUAACCCUAAUUCCUCUGGUGGUCUACGGUAACUCCGAAGGAGACGCUCUCUACACCCUGCGUCGGAGCUUAUCGGAUCCGGAUAAUGUUCUCCAGAGCUGGGAUCCGAACCUUGUUAACCCCUGCACUUGGUUCCACAUCACUUGCAACCAAGAUAACCGCGUCACUCGAGUGGACUUGGGAAAUUCAAAUCUAUCGGGACAUCUAGUUCCUGAACUUGGGAAGCUAGAUUACUUGCAGUAUCUGGAGCUUUACAAAAACAACAUUCAAGGAAUUGUUCCUGCUGAGCUAGGUAAUUUGAAGAGUCUCAUCAGCUUGGACUUGUAUAACAACCACCUCUCUGGGCCUAUUCCUCCUUCACUUGGGAAAUUGAAGUCUCUUGUGUUUCUACGGCUUAACGACAAUCGAUUAACUGGUCCAAUCCCCAGAGCACUCGUGGGUAUUUCUAGCCUCAAAGUUGUGGAUGUCUCAAACAAUAAUUUGUGUGGAACAAUUCCCACCAGUGGGUCAUUUGCACACAUCCCUUUGAACAACUUCGAGCAUAACCCUCGACUGGAAGGUCCAGAGUUACUGGGACCUGCGAUCUAUGACACUAACUGCUCAUAAUGCUCAAAGACAAGCUGAUGAUAUGCAAAAUAUGAAGUAUCCUUCAAUUAGAUACAUAACACGUAUAUCGGAAGUGGUAUCGAUCGUCUCAUUGUCGUGGGAUUGGUAAAAAAUGAUCCCUCGUAUAAAAAGUAUUUGCCAAUGUUACAGUAUGUAACGUAUCAGCGUUUGUAAUUGUAAUAUUGUGCACCUGUAACAGUUACUCGAAACAUGAAUCUAUGUAACGAAGCCCUUUGUGAAGGGUACUAUUAUAUAUGCAUGCAUAUACUAGAUUUCUAUGUUUA